AUGAGAAGACGGAGAAGUCGGAGAAGACAGUGAAUGGCGAGGACAAAGGCGAUUCCGGCGUAGAGACUCAGAACAGCGAGGGCAACGCUGACGAGGAGUGCGACCCGCUUGGCCCCAACUGCUACUACGACAAGUCCAAGUCGUUCUUCGACAACAUCUCGUGUGACGACAGCAGGAAAGCAAACGACAAGUCUGGAGGCUCCGUGUUCCCGCGGGAGCGGAGGCAGACUUGGGCGGAGGAGAGGCGGAUGAAUGCUGAAACUUUUGGUAUCCCUCUGCGUCGCGGUCGUGGAGGUUACCGUGGACGUGGCGGCAUGGGUUUCCGCGGAGGUCGGGGGCGUCCGGUGAGCCGAGGGUCCUUCGGGCCCCCGCAGGGAGGCGGCGGCUUCAGAGGAGGAUACAGAGGAAACCAGGCGGGCCGGGAAUUUGCCGACUUGUCAGCGUACAGGAAGGACAACAAAGUGUCUGCGUAGUCUCUGUGGUCGAAGUUUCUACUCUGAGGUGGAACACUUAGUUUCUGUCGGCUAAAUAAUGAAGAUUGUCUACUAGUUGUAUAUUUGUCACCAGCACUGGGGUCGACUGCUCCAACGCAACUUAACUCUCUGAAUCUUUCAAAGGUGAACACGACUACGAUGCAGUUUAUCACAGAAACCAUUCAAACACAAACUCCAGAUCUUUUCAAAAAUGUCCUGAAAUUAUAAUAUUCACGUUUCAGUUGAUGGUUUUGUUUUGGAUGAAUUUUCUGCCCCUGAACCUGUAUUUGAUCAUCUGUUGUCGGGUGUGGUCACAUGACUUUCUGUGACGCUCACUGAUGUAGCUUUAUUCUGUAAUUCUGUGAGUCGAGCACCAGGUCUCAGCUUUCUAAUGUGUUUUUCUACCGUGUCCCUCACGUCACGUCUACUCGUCGCCGUGCUCGUGACUCUGGUCUAAAAUCUUUUCACCCUUCACCUGCGUUUUGGUUUUUCUUUCUCUGUCGAUCAUAAGAUGUUGACUUCCGUGUUUGACACCAGUGACGACCUGAAAGUAAAAUAAUCUGUAAUUUUCAUAAUCGGUCAAUCGUUAAUAAAUGAGUUUCACAUGUGA